AUGUCCCCCAAGCGCAAUGUUGCGCCACCGAACCCGGUCACCGAGGCGAGUCCAAAACCGCCCCAGAAGGACGAGCAGAAGAGCGGUGCAUCUCCUAGUUCGACAUCUAAAAGCCCAUCAGUCAACGUUCAUCAGCCCUCUAAAGCGAAAAGGAACGCUCAAGGUCCAACAGAGGCUAAGCCGUCACCACCGCAAUCCUCAACUCCGAUUCCGAUUGCGAAUAAAUCUUCGAGGCCGAAUCCUCCCUCGAGACGAAACUCAUGGAUAUCAAAUUUGAGCUCAAAGUUCAGCUCCGGCUCCACGCCUCCGUCGCAAAGCCAUGUAAAAGAGGCUGUCAACCAUUCCAGAUCACAACCCCCACAGAAUACCCGCUCAGAACUGCCGAACCCGUUUGGGGCGGCAUACUCACCAAAGGAUAGCGAGAAGGACAGUCAAUCGAGCCCGUUUGGCUCCCAGUCACCAAAGAAUCCCUCGUUUUUCCACAAUGCGCUUCGUAAACUAGCCUCGGGUGGUAGUGGGUUGGGCCGGAUGACUGGCACACCAGGGGGAGGCAUUUGUGAACGUCGAGUUAUGAAUAUCGAUCGCGAGCGCGAUAGGUGCAAGAUCCCAGAACUAAACCAAGCAAAACUCCGUCGAGUUGCGUUUUGCGUCGAUGUUGAAAUUGCUGGAGUUUCUCGCCGAUCUGACUCUGAUGACGAUCUCAAGUCCAGAGCCACUCAAAAGCAGGAGCCGAAGACAGCAGAAAAGGCCGAAGGCGCUGCCCUUAAGGCUGCUCACCAUCCUCCAACUUCACCGUCUUUAACUGGAAUGAAUGGCACUGCUCCGCCUCAGGAUGCAAAUGGAAGUAAAGCACCGGGCAAGGAAAUGACAAGGAAACAAGAGAAAAAGAAAAAGUCAGAGGAAGAGCGUAAAGAGCGAAAGGAACGAAAACGGCGACUGGCGGAGGAGAAUGGCAGCGUUCCCAUUCACUUCGAUAUGGACGAUCCAACCAAAUCUUCGUCACCACAUCGAUUUCAGCGUGGCCAAGAUCAACCUACUAUUGAUCCGGUGCGGAUAUAUCGUCGCUGUUGCCAGUUGCGUGAGACAGGUAUACUGAAAAAGCUUGUGGAGCAAAUUUCAUCCCCGUCGUCUGCACUCGCGGAAUCUCCAGGCACGGUCGGGGUUCUGGAUCUCACCGGAUUCAUGAUGUCCUUUCAAGAUAUUGUUACUUUUAGCGAUUGGCUCGCAAUUGUGCCAGUUCGCAAACUGAUAUUGCAAAAUUGUGGACUAACUGAUGAAGCUGUGCGAGUUAUUCUUGCUGGCCUGUUGUCCACGAAGACGGUCGCCGCCGCCAGAGUUGCAAGAGGCACUAGACGCAGUAAGAAUGCCGACAAGCUAGUGAAUGAAGAGAAGUUCGGCGCUAUCGAAAAACUGUCGUUAAAAGAUAACCCCAAAAUUGGACCGGAAGGCUGGCGCCAUAUCAGCCUUUUCCUCCAUAUGUCGCGCUCGCUCAAAGGGAUUGACCUCUCUGGAGUCCCCUUCCCAUCACCUCCACCGCCAACAAAUAGCCCAACCUCGCUGACCAAACCUCCUAUACAACCUGCAAAUAUUGCAAACGUGUUUUCUAGUGCGUUGUCAGAAAGACUUGCAGGAAACCGUUUGGAGGAGCUGGUUUUGAGUGAAUGUUACCCGUCAACGGAAGAUUUGGCGAAAAUAUGCAAUGCUGCAAAGUCUAUAGGACUGCGAAGAUUUGGCCUUGCAAACAAUAACUUGACGAGGGAAGGAUUCGAGCACGUUAUUCAAUAUUUUAACGCCGGGUCUUGCGAAGGACUGGAUUUGGGCGGCAAUGAAUUGAAUGACCAUUUGGAACUCCUCAUAGCUGCGAUCCAAAAGACAUUCCCGCUUACCGCACUCAGUUUGGCGGAUUGCUCUCUCGUCCCUAAGUCGCUCUCUAACCUGCUCCAUGCGUUGAUAGUGCUGCCUAAUUUUCGGUUUGUCGAUUUAUCUCACAACCAAGGGCUGUUCACCGUACAGCCGGAUUCCCUUGCCGUUUUGCGACGAUAUCUACCCAAGUUUGCCGAGCUACGACGCGUACACCUUGCUGACGUUGAUCUCACAUCGGAGAAAGCCAUAGCUCUGGCUGAGAUAUUGCCUGACUGCCCGAAGCUUUGCCACAUCAAUGUACUUGAGAAUUCAGAAAUCGAAGCGUUGGCUGCAGCUAAAGACGCAGCCAUGCAAGAGGAGGCUUGUGCACUUUACGCAUCCUUCAUGGCCGCUGUCAGAGUCUCGAAAACCCUGAUUGCCGUGGACAUUGAUGUACCAACAGCAGACAAUAAUGAAAUUGUUAAAGCGUUAGCGUCGCAGAUUGUCGCUUACUCUCUCCGCAACCUUGAGAGAGGCGAACUUGCGGAGCAGUUAUCAACCCCGACAGAUGGCCAAGCUUCCGAGAAGGAUGUUGUUCCAAUACCAGAUGUCCUUGCCCAUCUUGUCGGUCCGGCUGAUAAUGAGGAGGUGGAUAGUAUCGCUGAGGGCGACGCUCUCGCGCCAGAUGAAGACUAUGUAAUUGGAGGCACUGGUGUCGUGAAAGCCCUGGGGGUUUGUUUGGGAAAUCGAGAUUAUGGUGGAACGGAAAUCGCUGGUGAUCAAUCUUUACCACCCAGCGGCGCGUCAACGCCGCUCCGUCGUCUCAGCCAUGUACCCGUCAAUAAGAAGCCACGUGAUAUGUCGAAGAAUCUGCUUAAUGCGGCGAGAAGGAUACGCGUACGGUUGCAGCCGGCCCUUGUCCGCGAAGAUAAGGCCGGCAAUGAUCUCAAUUACCGACGGUUACAAUUCCUUGAUGUUACACUACAAAGGAUGAUCCAACGAUUUGAAGACGAGUUUCCGGAUACACGUCUUCCCGCAGGGACAGAUUCAACUACUGAUGCGAAUUCCGCUCUAGAAUUCUCCGUCCACUCCGCCGACCAGGCUGAUAAAAACUCCGACGUCGAUGAAACAGUCGAGUUAAGCCAAAGCCCAGAGAAUGGCCCAGUUGGGCAAGACGAGCAAGAGCGCUACGCCGUCCGUCUAUCCCGUACGAGUUCAAACACGUCACUACAUUCUCGAGCCCUGACCUCCGAAGAAGGCCGUGUGCUUCGCCUGGGCCAGCGAUUAAGCCACGACAUGCUUCAAUCCGAGCUAGAUAAUAGCGAAGAUAUCUCGCAAUCACCUCCCCCAGACAUUGCAGAGUUGCGCAAGAAACUUGAGCGGCUUCGCAGCAGUGAAUCAGAUUCACAAUUCGAGCUGUGUUUACGCGAGGACCCGGAUAUGCAGAAAACUCUGCAAGGGUUAGGGCCUUCAAGCUUGGAGGACUUGGUAGAGCUGCAGAAGCAAGAUCCCGAUGCGCUUGCGGAGUUCAAGGAGAGUCAGAUAGUAGCGUUGAUUAAUGCGGGUUUAAGGAAUCCUGGGGAGUAA